GCCCGGCCCGGCCCGGCCCGGCCCGUUAAAGGCCCCGGCGAGGGGCGCGCUCGGCACUCGGGCGGGGGCGGCGGGGCCGUGGGCCGGGCCCGCACCAUGUACACGCUGACGCGCGGCCCCAGCAAGCUCGCCACGCAGCGCCGCACAGGUCCCACGCAGCAGGCGGUGGAGAGCAGCAAACUGGGCGAGCUGCGGGGGCGGCCCGGCCCGUGGCCCCCCGCCAGCCCAGUGCAGAAACUCGUCUUCAACAGAGUGAAUGGCAAGAGGCCCCCACUGCUGCUGCAGCAGCUCUCAGCCCCUGAAGAAUGUUACACCCUGGCCCACGAGGAGAACGUCCGCUUUGUCUAUGAAGCCUGGCAGCAGGUAGAGCAGCAGCUGGACGGGAGCCGGAGCGGGGAGAGCGCCUGCGGCCCCGUGCAGUACGUGGAGAAAACCCCCGACCCCGGACUCAAAGACUUUGUUCCCAUCGACCUGGAGGACUGGUGGGCACAGCAAUUUCUGGCCAAAAUCGAGAACUGCUCAUAAAAGGGAAGAAGAGGUUGCAUUUGGUUUCUGUGUAAGAGAAACGAAGCUGCGAGCACCUGGUCACAGCCCAGAAGCGGUGGUGUUUUUGAAGCACGUUCUGACACGAUGCCCGAAGGGGAGUGACCCCGCCCAGCGGGACGGACCACAGCCAUGCCCGGCCGAGGAGCGGCGUGCGGCCCCAGCCAGGAUUCCUUAAGUGCCAGUUCUCGGACUGCUGCAGCUCCUGCAGCCUCCAGCUCCAGGACACUGUGGUGCCACGCUGGGGACGGGGAGAGCCUCCCCCCUGCAGUCACAGCCACAGGGAGGACAGUGGGGUGCUGUAGCAGGACCGCCAGACAAUAAAGCGCUGAAACUGCC